CAUGCCCCUCUGUACACCUUACACGUUGGACGACAUUUUUCUGGAUUUUAUUGAGCCGUCUAUCCUGGCAGUUAGAUAUACAACAAGAUAACGAUACAUUUACGAAACAUGAUCUAUUGCUGGAGCGAAUACUAAUGUGUAUACACACACACAAAUGCGCAGUGUGUGCGCUUGCAUUCUGCAGGGCCGAGAGCAGAAGGGGAAGGCUGGAGUUGAGUUACAGUAAGAGCGAACUCUAAAGCUGGCGGUGUGUAUAGUCUGCCUGAACCUGCAUUGUCAAACGCAUAUAGUCGGAUUGUUUAUGCCGCCUUCUUCUUUUAUAUCAGGCGCGUAUUGUGGUGCUUGAUGGGAAUACCGAAAACCUGGCCUUACUGACGCUCUCAGAUGUAACGCUAACGAUCUGUAGCCUGUUGUGUUUUGUUGCUAACCGUAGUAUAUGUGUUUGCAUGCCCAAAAUCGGCUUGGCUUUAUGUUUGUUGUUGUGUGUUUAGAUGAAAUCGGUGUCGUGUUGUUGAACUGCAGCUAGCGCUCGGCUGUUGCUCCACCACAUCCACGUAUGCUACUUUAGCGAGGUUGUGGCUAACGCUGAGCUGGUCGGUGAUUCAGAAGUGAAUUUUUCACUCGAGCAUGACAGUAGAUCUGCAGAGAUGACGGUAAACGAGUAAAAAUGCGUUUGGAAGAGCUGUAGGAUCCGGCGGAGGACGGAAAGCUGAUGACUGUGUGCUGUUAGCGCAACUGAGCUGUCUUAGGCCACGUCGCCUGUGUGUGAGAGAGAGAGAGUGUGUGUGUGUUGAUGUGUUUGAUCUACUGACAGUGGCGUUGCAUGAAUGCAAACAAGGAAAGUCGUCAACUGUGCAGGAGGGACACGGAGGAAUCGUCUAAGUAAAGUAACGUUACUGUCGCCAACUUCCGGACACCUCAAGGUUGCUGUUAGCCGGAUGAGAAAGAAAGUGCCUCUUUCUUGAUAGACGACUUGACCGCAUCACUCGUAGUUUAACACACAAAGCCCUAGAACGGAAUUUGUGCCGCGGGUCGAUUACGCGAUGAUCGGUUUCGGCGCAAAUCGACGUGGGGGUCGCCUCCCGUCCUUCAUCCUGAUUGCGUUAUUGGUGGUUAUCGUGAUUCUGUCGUUUAACUACUGGAGCGUGUCCACUAAGCACGGGCGGCUGCUGGACGAGUUGGCUGAGGUGCAGACGCAGGUGAAGCGCACGGACGCGGCGCGCUCCCGCCUGGAGAAGAGAAACUCCGAACUGAUGAUGCAGGUGGACACGCACCGGAAACAGAUCGACCUGAAGGACGGAGAUUACAGCGCGUUGCAGAACAAACUGCAGGCCAGAGAUGCGCUGGUCAAAGUCUGCACCGAUGACAAGAAUAAGCUGCAGAAUGAUGUCAGUGCCCAGAUGUCAGAGAUUCACAGACUGAAAGAGCAGGUAAAGGAGCUGAAACAGGAGGUCAUUCGACAAGAAGACCAGCAGAGGGAAGUGCGGAAAAACAGCACCAAUCUGGAAAAGAAACUAGAAUAUGAAAGCUUGCAGUGUGGUCGGCAAAUAGCCGAGCUGAAGGCAGAAUAUGAGGAAAGCAAGAAAAGAGUGGAGGAAGAGGCAGCAAAACUCAGACAGAGUUUGUUAGAAAAUGCAGAUUCUGUAGUUCAGCAAGUGGACGUGGAUCUUGAUCAGUCCAACAAAAGAAAAGAGAAAGAGGACACUGCAGAGCGCCAUACAGUGGCUGCAAGGAGAAAUGACGUCCCGGUUCUUAAAGAUGAUCUGGGAAAACCUGGCAGUGAUGCUGGAAUGCCUGGCAUUGAAGACAGUGAAGUAGGCAAGAUAGACGAUUCACAGUUUGCCAUAAAGAAGCCAGCCAUCACACCGCAGAAACACAUGGAGCCCGCGGAGGCUGCGGCAAUGCUGAAGGAAGAGAGAGCAGGCUAUGCAGCCGGAGCUGGUGCCAGACCAGGGGAUGAUUUGGCACGUGGGCAGCCAUUGGACAGACCAGACAUGCCCCAUGAUGAAAACCUGCGUUUGGUGAACCGCGAGAUCCCUGUACAGCAGCAGGUUCCACAACCGGUGGUCAUCAAACCCAUGCUGUUUGAUGAGGACAAUAAGGCAGGCAUAAAGGCGGAUGAGUUUGGGGAGCAGCGCAGACAAGUUGGAGCUGAGGGUUUUAAGGCAGAGGGAGUUGGGAUUCCUCCUCCUCCUAACCCGGUUCAAGUCCACGCCAAACCCAUUGACCCACACAACGGCAGAGAUCCUGUGCCUGCUGAUCCCCCACGUCACCGUCAGAGCCGUUUCUUUGAUGAAAACGAGUCCCCUGUAGAUCCGCAACACGGCAAUAAGCUGGCGGACUAUAACGGGGAUGAUGGCAACGUGGGUGAGUAUGAGGCGGACAAGCAGGCCGAGCUGGCCUACAAUGAGGAAGAGGAUGGUGAUGGUGGGGAGGAAGACGUCCAAGACGAUGAAGACCGUGACGCUCCAGGUGAGAGGAAUGUGGACUACGGAAAGCGACAUCAAGCUAUUGACGUCCUGUAGUCCAGUCUUUCAGACAAGUGUUUCUGACAAUGAAGUAUCCAAAAGAGGAAAAAGAACUUUGGAUUUCAGCUGUGAUUUUGGUAUCAUGUACGUUUGGAGACAUUCAGACUAUUCAAACUAUUUCAGUGUCUUCAGAGAGGAGCGAGCUUCGGCUGUGAAGUCAGUCACUGCGGAUGAGCGAUUAAUUCAACUUGAAUGCAAAGAGUGUUUUUUUAUGAUCUGCUGCAAAUGUUUGCUUGAUUUGAGAGUAUCGUUUUUUGUUUUGUUUGUUUUUUUGACCUGAUCUGUAGAACAGGUCUAACAGAACUGGGUUUCCGAACAAUUAAACUGUACAAAUGUUUUUUUUUAUUAUUAUUAAUUAAUUAAAUUCAUUCUCCAUGGACUGGAGGACACUACUGUGAAUAGAUACUAUGGAAGUAAUAUUUCUCUGUUCACAAAGUGGAAUAUAGUGAUACUACUGGUGAAAAGGACCUCUUCAACACCAAUGGCAGAUUUUUUCCCCUCUUCAGAACUGCUGAGAAGCAUAAUCUCCCUUUAUCUUUUUGAUCAACUGUAGCUAAAUGGAAGUGUAAACUAUGGGAAGAUGCAAUUAAGUUGCUGUUCAACUUUUUAACCUCUCUGGGGCAAAAUGGCACCAAUUGGCCAGACAGUCUUUUUUUGUUUGUUUUUAACUACUCUCUCUUUUUCUGAUUCUGAAGGAGCACUCAAGAGUGCACACAGAGUCUUGUAAGGACACUGAUGCAUGCAGAAGGCAGCCUUUGUAAAUCAGCCUGUAGAUCAUCAAGAAAAUGGAAAAAAGCAAUACUCUGUGCCACAGACUAAACCCAUCACAGCUGUCGGCCUGCUUCCUUUCUUUCUGGUAGCUGUAGAUAGACGUACAGUGCGUAUACAGAGGAAUCUGUGUGGCAAAGGAUGCUGUAUAAUUGCUAAACUCUCAAAUGGAAAUACUGAUCAUAGACCUAGCUGUUUGUGUUUGUUUCAUAAUCGAGCAAAAGUUUGGUAGGGUUGGCAUACUGAAUGUACUCUUCUAGCUUGUGAUUGUUUUUGAGAUCUGUCACAUGAGUGUUUGGGCUCUCUGACACAGCUGUGCAGUGCAAUCCAAGGGUAACGGUUAACAAAAUUCUCUACAUUUCAAAUAAACUGGUCCUGUUUUGGGAAAAAAAAAGUACAAAUCCUAUCACUGUGAUUGAAGUAUAGAAAGUAGUAGCAUCAAUAGGGGCACCCGGAGGAGUUCAUUAAUUCGUCCCAGGCUGCUUUACAAAAAUGAUUACAUUACGGUAACAAUAAAAGAUUUUCUUUUCUGUA